AUGGCUAGCACUGGUAUUUCUCAUAUUAGGACUAUAAGGUCUAAGCUUUCUGUUAGAAGCAUGUCGAGUAUUGUGAGGAAAUACGAUAUCGAUGCCAAAUUUCAUCCCCGUCCUCCUGGGCCUGGUGAUGCGAUCGCCAAUGCCCCCAAAGAUUUCGUUGGGGUGUACCGAGUGUUCUUCAAAUCUGGUUUACGGUUACCUGCCUUGGAUUUCUUAGAGACAAUCCUUGACUAUUACGGUCUGCAUAUCGCCCAAAUCACUCCAAAUGGGUUUCGCAAAAUUCUAUGUUUCCUGUUAUUGUGUAUUGCCCUAGAUAUUGUACCCUCCAUCACCAUUUUUCGACAUUUUUACCUUCCUAUGUCUAAUGGUGAUUGGGUGUCGUUUUUUCUCUGUCAUGGUCUUGUGGAGCUUUAUGACAGUCUUCCUACUUCCAUUAAGUACUGGAAAUAG